AUGAAUGAAGAGAAGAGGGAUGAAGUUGAUGGGACUGGGGAGAAGCAGACCCUGGGGAAGAUGCCGCAGCCGCCGCUGGAGCUGCAGGUGGCGACCAUCCUGCUGGUGCUGCUCAUCUGCGGCGUGGGCAUCGCGGGCAACGUGAUGGUGGUGCUGGUGGUGCUGCGCACCAAGCACAUGGUGACCCCCACCAACUGCUACCUGGUGAGCCUGGCCGUGGCCGACCUGAUCGUGCUGCUGGCGGCCGGGCUGCCCAACAUCUCCGAGGUGGUGGCGUCCUGGGUGUACGGCUACGCGGGCUGCUUGUGCAUCACCUACCUGCAGUACCUGGGCAUCAACAUCUCGGCCUGCUCCAUCACCGCCUUCACGGUGGAGCGCUACAUCGCCAUCUGCCACUCCAUCAAAGCCCAGCUGCUGUGCACCGUGUCCCGGGCCAAGCGCAUCAUCGCGGGCGUGUGGCUCUUCACCUCGCUCUACUGCCUCAUGUGGUUCUUCCUGGUGGACACGUCGCAGGUCACCUUCGCGGACGGGGCGCAGGUCAGCUGCGGCUACCGCGUCUCCAGGACCCUCUACCUGCCCAUCUACUUUCUAGACUUCGCCCUCUUCUAUGUCAUCCCGCUGGGGGUGGCCACCGUGCUGUACGGCCUCAUCGCCCGCAUCCUCUUCAGCAACCCGCUGCCCGCCACCCCGCAGCACGCCCGCCCGGGCUCGGGGCACCAGGGCCAGCCCUCCAGCUCCAUGAAGCUGUCCUGCCGGGGCAACAAGGGCGCGCUGAGCUCCAGGAGGCAGGUUACCAAGAUGUUGGCCGUGGUAGUGAUCCUCUUUGCUGUCCUAUGGAUGCCUUACCGCACAUUGGUCGUGGUCAACUCCUUCAUGGACCCUCCUUACCUGAACAUCUGGUUCCUCCUCUUCUGUAGGAUGUGCAUCUACCUGAAUAGUGCCAUCAACCCCAUCAUUUACAACCUGAUGUCUCAGAAAUUUAGAGCUGCUUUCCGAAAAUUAUGCAAAUGUGAGCAGAAGAGGACUGAAAACGUCACUCAGUAUAACAUCCCAGUAUACUACAGUGUCAUGAAGGACAAUUCCCACGAUAGCUCUGAUCAUGAUGUUACAGAACAAGAAGAUCUAAAUGGUUUUCCUUCCAUGGCAAAGAAAAGUAAGCUUUCCAGCUAA